CCCAAAUUUGGCUAUUUCUCGAGACAAGGCCUCUCCUCUCUCUUCUCUCUCUUCUCGACACACAGAGAAGAAAGCUCUAAGCUUUGAAGUACUUUUUCUUUACGGACGAUUUUCGGAAAGUGGAAACAAAUUGAAGGAGUUGUUAGAAAAGAAAACGAUACCAAAUAGAAUGUUCUACAGAGGUAAAUAUCCUGAUGGUGGGGAUGGGCGUGAAAUGGGUGCAAAGCGUCAGCGGCUAGUUGAACAAGGUUCUUCAUUUUAUGGGACUUCCCCUGGUCCAAGUUUUAUGUACAAUCCAGCCACUUUUGCUUAUGUAGGACAGCCUCCGCCUUUCCCUGUUGUCAAACUGCGUGGCCUUCCAUUUGAUUGUGCAGAAGCUGACGUGGCUGAGUUCUUCCACGGUCUGGACAUAGUUGAUGUUCUUUUUGUCCACAAGUAUGGAAAGUUCACUGGUGAAGCUUUUUGUGUCUUCGGGUAUCCUCUUCAGGUUGAUUUUGCACUUCAAAGGAAUAGACAGAACAUGGGCAGGAGAUAUGUUGAAGUGUUCAGAAGUAAGAGGCAGGAAUAUUACAAGGCAAUAGCGGGUGAAGUUUUUGACGCUCGUGGUGGUUCCCCUCGCCGAAAUAUACCAAGGUCCAAAUCUUAUGACGAAGGGAAGGAUUCCGCUGAACAUACAGGAGUAUUAAGGUUGAGGGGAUUACCAUUUUCUGCCGGCAAGGAUGAUAUAAUUGACUUUUUCAAGGAUAUUGUAUUGUCAGAAGACUCGAUCCAUUUUACUAUGAAUUCAGAAGGAAGGCCAACUGGGGAAGCAUUUGUUGAGUUUGCAAAUGCAGAAGAUUCUGAAGCGGCAAUGGCCAAGGAUAGGAUGACUCUAGGGAGUCGUUACAUUGAACUGUUUCCGUCAUCACACGAGGAGUUGGACGAAGCUCUUGCAAGAGGGCGGUGAUUUCUUGUUGGAGUUUUUCUUCCAUUUGCUGUUUGUACUACUAGUUAUCUCCUUAGUCCCAUUUUAUUGCCUGGAUUUUUGCUCGAUUAAUGCUUUGAUUGGGAAAUAGCAAGUUUUCUUAUAGUAUCUUUUAGUUUUUAUGCCCUAGUUUCCUGAAGUUUUCUUUUAGUAAUUCUGGAGCUGUAUGAUUGACGUUUAGAAUUAGACAAAAAGAAGCUUUCUUAUCA